CUUCGAACUAGAAGAAUAAUGCCGUUCCACCGAUCUCUCCCAACACCGCUUUCUCUUGCCUCUCUAAAUCCUUCGAUUCCUUCGAUUCCCCUCCCCAUUGCAGUUCCAUCUUCUUCUUUCAUGCCUCCCUUGAUACGGAUCACCCACACUCACCCACAGCCUCUGCCGGAAGGGAGGGGUGGCUCACACCAUGAUCAUGGCUUUUUCGUUGCGCUUCUUCACCUUUGGCGUCGAUUACUGUCUUUUUCUGAUUGAAUCUAAUGCGGUUGGGCGUAUCGGUCGUAGUGGGUAGUUUGAAAGUGGUAAAACCCGCUCUUCGAUCACGAGGAUAAGACUUGGAUUUGUUUGAGGAAGCGUGAAGAGUGGAAGUCACCGUUAGGGUGUGUGGUAAAUGAUGGGGGGGUUGUGUGACCAGAUGGGGUGAGAGUUCAUGGUGUGUCGGGUGUCUGAUUCGGUGGUGUAGUGUGGUGUGAGAGUGAAGGCGAUUAGCAAGCAGUUUGGAAUGGCGGGCCCGACGAUAGGGUUGCCCAAGCGGCCAUAUCUGGAUCCUAGGUUUAACAACAAGGGGAAUAAGCUGCGGCCGAAGUAUGAGAGCCCCGUGGACAUGUUGGAGAACUUGGAGAAUGAUCCGCUGUUCCGAGAGCAGACACGCAAAGCGCCCAAGCAGACGCGCCUCCGACCUCCCAUGCAGAACUUGAUUUACGACCCUCGCGUCCACCGCGGCAACCUCUUCCGCAGGCCCAGGGUCGAAGACGAUGGCCCCAAGCCUCCUCCCCGGGUUAUAAAAAGGCUUCAGCUGAGCUGCACUCCGGAACCGCUGGUCGGCAGGCAGCACAUGGAUAUUCAGACAGACAUGUUUCUGGAGGAUCGAGGUAAGGAGAUGACCUACAAUGACUUCGACACUCAAACCGACGAGUUCCUCGACCGCCCACAAACGCCCUUUUUCAUUCCUUGGAAGUCAGGUCCCGAUGCCUUCACGCAGAUCUUCCCAGGCGACUUGUUCGAUUUUGAUAUGGAGGUGGAGCCUCUAUGUGAGGUCCUCGCUGGGCGUGCUCUGGAGCAAGGGCUCAUGGAAGUGCAAGAAGAGAAGCAACUGGAGCACCUGCGUUGUCACCAGGAUCUCUUCGAGCAAAUGCGUGUUGCGGAGCUGACUGCCACGCAACGAAUGGAGGCUGCGGAAAGACGGUUGAUGGAGGAGAAGGAGCUUCGCCUGAAACAAGAGAAGGCUCGACUCAAGGAGGAAGAGAUUCUGCGCCUCAGGACGGAAGCAAUGGGCUACGCCAUGCGAAUUCUGAAGGGCGUCACGGAUAAGGUAUACGACAAGCUCACCAGGGAUGGAUAUUUCUACGACCCAGUGGAACGAGAGCUGGAGGAAAAGUACAUUCCGGUGUUGCUCAGGCAAAUGCAGAACGACGUUACCGACAUGGUCCGGUCCCGACAUGCAGUUGCGAUCAUGGCUGACGAAGCCACUCCUGCGCUGGACACUGCCGAGAGAGCAGUAGAUAGUAUCGAUCUGAUCAUGAGCAGAUUAAUGAACGUGCUCGACUCGUGGAUCUCGUUCGAGGAUAACGUGAUGGUGGAAUUGGCCGCGGCGGAGCAAGCAUCGCAAAGAGUGAUGACGGGGGUAGCGGGCGAGGUGGAAUUGGUGCAACAUACAUCCACGGAUGUUACUGCAGCUCUCCUCGAUAUGACGGAGGUGACCCAUGUGCAAAAUGCUGAAGGAGCUCGAAGCUUGGUGGAGAUGCUCCUGGAAGGCCUGGAUCCACAGUGACUUGGCGGCGAUUUGCAUUGAGAGUGUUACCCAAUUACACAAACAAUAGAUCAUCAAUUGACUUUUCUCUUCCUCGUGUUUUAUGCUUUUGGAUUUGGACCAUCCGUUUUGUGUAAUACUGGAUUCCUUUGUCAACGCUAAAUUGCAAACUCAUCAGAUUCUGUUGAUUUGUAGUCAAAAGAUUUGUUGAAUGACAAAUCGUGGCUCACGUAGUAAUGCCGCACAAGAUUGGAUUUUGAUUUUGAUAUCUGGUGGAACUCAGUGGAAUGAAAAACAUCAAAAAUCUCAUUUAAUUCUGUUUCGUGUUGCAACAGU